AUGGCAUCGUCCUCCUCCUCCUCAACCUCCACUCGAUACAAUCAAAUACGUCUACGCAGGAUCAGUUUGAAUGCUGAGAACCUCGGCCACCAGCCUAAGGCCGUUGGCCUUCACUUAAGGCGUCUCAGGGAGCCAGUUUACAGUCGAAAGUAUUCGGAUAGAAUUUUCACCCACACCCACUUGAGUGGGAUAAAGCCCUCGCCACCUGAUUGUCAUGAGAUUUCUGGCCAGGUCUCAGACUCAACCAGCAGUCUGGGUGAGGACACGGGUGAAUUUGACUUUUCCGACGUCCACUCCAGUUGUCUGGCCCUCAAUCCGGCCCCAAAUCGACGAACUUCAUUCCUUUACCGCCCUGACUCUAGCGAUGACGCUUCCUCCUACAGCUCUCGUCGGCCAUCGGUGUCAUGCGGUGACCCCAUGAAUUUGUAA